GGUGGGGGGAGGAGAGGGCUGUUUCUGCUCCGGGAUUAGCCGAGCCGUGAGAGGCCGGAGCGGAGAUGCUGCCGUGGCGCCGGAGCAAGUUCGUGCUGGUGGAAAAUGAACGUAAGUGCAAAGGCAAGAGCCUGGGGCCGGGGCUGAGCUACGCGGCGCUGCUGGCCGGGUUCCUGCGCUCCUGCCCGGACCUGCUGCCCGAGUGCCCCUUGGAGCGGCUGGGCAGCGUCUUCCGCGGGAAGCGCCAGAAAGUGGAGCUCAACAAGGAGGACCCCACGUACACGGUGCGAUACCUGGGCAACGCCGUGACCCUGCACGCCAAGGGCGAGGGCUGCACCGAGGAGGCGGUGGGCAAGAUCUGGGCCAAGAGCGAGGCGGGCGCCGGCGGGGCCAAGAUGAAGCUGACGCUGGGGCCGCAGGGCAUCCGGAUGACCCCCAGCGAGAAGGGGGCGCGGCGGCCGGGCCACGCGUACCUGCUGCACCGCAUCACCUACUGCGCCGCCGACCGCCGGCACCCCAAGGUGUUCGCCUGGGUGUACCGGCACCAGGUGAAGAACAAGGCCGUGGUGCUGCGCUGCCACGCCGUGCUGGUCUCCAAGGCCGACAAGGCCCGCGCCAUGGCCCUGCUGCUCUACCAGACCUCGGCCUCGGCCUUCAACGAGUUCAAGCGGCUCAAGAGGCAGAGCGACUGCCGCCACGUGCAGCAGCAGCUCCUGGGCGACGCCAUCGUGCCCUUGGUGCCCCUGCGGCGGCUGCUCAACGCCAAGUGCCCCUACCGCCCGCCCGCCGAGAGGGCCCGCUGCGCCCCGCGCCUCAGCUCCAUCCUGGAGGAGGACGAGGACGAGGCCUUCGGCCCCAGCGCGGCUCUGGGGGACCCCGGCAGAGCCGCCGUGCUGCGGCUGGCCAGCGACAUGAGGGGCUGCAGCCUGCGCGGCCCCCGGCACCCGCUGUGCUGAGAUCCCCCCCACUCAGGGGUCGGGCGCCAUCCCCGCGCCCCCCAACCGGUGUUGGGACGCUCCUCGGGGGGUGAACCCGGACAAGACGGCGGCUCCCCGUACGAGGAAGACUCGCUGUGGGUUUGCAACCCCCUCAGCCCCGCACAUGAACCUGUGCUCUCGUGCCUCCUCCUCUGCAGCGGCCAUAAUAAUAACAAUUAUUAUUAUUAUUAUAAUAAAAUUAAUGUGUGUUUUCUGCGGUGUGACGGCGCCUGUGUCUCGCCCGGACGCUGGAGAAUGGCAGAGGGAGAGUUAAGCUCGGCACUGAGGCGAUU